GUAUUUUAUUAAUUGGAUGGCAGAUUCAAUUGUUUUCUGGUCGUAUAAAAUGUACCUGCUCCUUGUAAACCACUGCAGCUACAUUUUCGGAGGUGUGUGGACGUUGACUUCACCCAACGGAACAGAAGCAUGAAUGACAAAAUGGCGAAGUUGCUUUUGCCGUUGGCGCUCGUGCUGAUGACGUGUGUUCACCUAUCGUCUGCGCAAUGUUUCACCGGAUGUUACUGUAACGAGGAAACGAGAGAAGUCCUAUGUGGAAAGGACCUGACAUCUUUCCCGUACACAUCUGGAUUGAUCGCAGAACCGACAAGACUUCAAAUCAAAUGCCAAGAUGGAUUCGAGAUUCCUAGUCUGAAGAAAAGCGAUUUGGACAAUUAUAUCCAUUUAACCCGAUUAGAGCUUCUUGGCUGUGGUUUACAAGACAUUGCUGACGAUGUGUUCGACAGUCUAACAGAAGUAAUUUUUCUCGGACUUGGAAACAACAAGCUAUCAUCAAUUCACCAACACACAUUUUCGAAACUUACCCAACUCACAACGUUGUUGCUCCACCAGAAUGAAUUAACGGAGAUUCCCGAUAACGCCUUUAUACACCUUACUAACCUGAAGACCGUCCGUAUAUCAGACAACAAGCUUAAACGUAUCGGUAAACAUGCAUUCGAAGACAUACCUUCCCUCCAAAAUCUUUGGAUUGAAGGUAAUCCCGAGCUCACUGAGGUUGACAAACUGGCUUUUGCUAGCUCUUCUAUAGAGUAUCUUACGAUAGGUGGCGCAGAUUUGUCCGAGGAUUUCAUCACACCACUGAAGCAUUUAACUGGCUUGAAAAAUCUACGUUGGAAUUUAAAUAAACGGCCGAUUAAUCUACCUGUCGACAGCUUUGAAAGUUUUGAUCUAACAAGUUUGGACUUAAGUGGCAAUCAAAUGUCGAGUCAUCGUUUUCUGGAAAAGACACGUGCUCGCACUGUUCGACUACACGAUAACCUUUACACUUCCAUUGACUUUUUGCCGUACACUCUACCAAAUACAACCUACCUCGGGAUAAGCAGAAACAAAAUAUCGACACUUGAUGCGUCUAAAAUUGGACAUUUGAAAACAUUGAUGUACCUAGAGUUAGACGACAAUUUGAUCGAUGAAGUCACCGGUACUCUCUCGUCUCUAACAAACCUUGUUAGAUUCGCGGCAGGUCGGAACAGAAUACAGCAUUUGCCAGAAGGAUUCUUCAAAGAAAAUACACAGCUACAGAAAAUUGAAUUAGAAGAAAAUCUAAUCGAUAAUUUGAAUGGAGCAAUGUUUCCUGUGCAAAACUCUCUUACCUCGCUUGAGUUCAAUGACAAUCGCAUCGAAAGAAUUUCAGAUGACAUGGAGCCCAUACUCAGAGGGAAUGUUCUCACAAGUAACUCGGGGUAUAUCUUGCUAUACAAUAAUCCCCUUCACUGUAACUGCGAGAUGAAAUGGUUGAAGCAAUUAGUGAAUGAGAAACCAAGUAUUUUGGAGCACCCCUUCCCAAGAAAUAUUGAAACGAUAUGCGCUUCGUCAUCAAAGCCAAUCAAAGACAUGGAAUCUGCAGACAUGGUGUGUACGACACCUAGCAUUAGUCACAUGACGCAUCCAGUUGGAAAUGAGCCCUGGAAAUGCACCGCCAUCGGCGAUCCUGCGCCUGCUGUUGAAUGGUUGAACCCAGAUGGUGACGUCAUUGCAUUUAAUAAUCCUACCAGUCGAGGUGCUGCCGCUGUCUCAGUUGAUUUACCACAAGAGCAUGUUCCAGUGGGUACGUUUACAUGCGUCGCUAAGAGUGAUGUUGGAGAAGCAAAAGCCCAAGUGUAUUUGAUGGGACAAGAAAAUGAUGUAUGCCCAACUGGCUGUAAUUGUGAUGAAAUUGGGAAAUCAGUCAGUUGCGGGACGGGACUCACUGCUUGGCCCCAGGAUUCUGGUCUCGAGGGUGUGAAAAGUUUAGUUAUUUCCUGCAACGACGGUUUCGAGAUCCCCCAUGUCACAACAUCGAACUUUGACAAUUAUCCCUCUCUGACACGAUUGAGUUUGAAUAAUUGCGGAACACAAGACAUUUCUGAUGACGUAUUUAACCUUCUUACUGAGGUUACUUUUCUUGGGCUCCCUGGAAAUAAAAUUACAUAUGUUCACCAGAAUACCUUCAGUAAGCUCACCAAACUUAAGACCCUUUUACUACAGGGGAACCUUAUUGAAGAAAUCCCAGAUAAUGCAUUCAUCCAUCUGCGAGAAUUGACAACAAUGCGUAUGUCCGACAAUAAAUUGAAAAAAAUUGGCAAGAACGCUUUUGCAGAUUUAACGCAACUGAAAAACCUUUGGAUCGAGGGAAAUCCUGAACUAUCUGAUGUUGACGACGAUGCAUUCACAGAUUCACAUAUUGACAAUUUGUCCAUAGAUGGUGACCUUGAUGAAGGGUUUAUUGACUCGCUUGCCCCUCUUAAAGAUAUGAACACUCUACAAUGGAAGAACAACGCAAGGGCGAUCAAUCUGCCUGCUGACAGUUUUGUUGGCUUUGAUUUUCAGUCCCUCGACUUAAGCAAUAACCAGCUUGAAAAUCUCGACUUUCUCGAGAAUUUGAAAGCCGGAGUAUUACGCCUUGAUAACUGUGGUAUAAGUAGCAUUGACUUUACGCAAUACGAUCUACCAACAACAACAUUCUUGUCCGUUCAGAACAACCAAAUCACCUCUGUAGAUCUUAAUCAAUUGGACCAUAUCACUACGCUGAACUACUUGUAUUUAAGUUACAAUGCUAUCACUGAAGUUAAGGGCACAUUGGAACCCCUAUCCGAACUCUUACAGUUCUCGAUUGCGAAAAAUCAACUGAAAGAAAUCCCUCAAGAUUUAUUCAAAAAGAACCCAAAAAUUAUUAAAUUUGAGUUUGACAAUAAUGAAAUCGAAACUAUAAGUGGGUCUAUGUUUCCCGAUGACACUUCUGUGAGGUUUUUAGAAUUGUUCAGCAACCACCUCCAAACUAUACCAGAUGAUAUGGAACCUAUUGUCCGACAAGGAAUUCUUGAUUCCGGUUAUUUCCAUAUCCACGAGAACCCUCUUCAUUGCAACUGCGAACUCAGAUGGCUGAAAGAUCUCCUCGAGGAAAAGCCAACCAUACUUGAUUAUAUGACGUCCAUUCAAUACGAUGUUCUCUGUACGACGCCCAAAGUUACUAAGUUUAAAGAGAUGGACGCAAGGGGCCUCGAGUGCUCGUCUCCCGUCAUCGAAGCGCCAAAAGUUCCCGAAAAUGGCGACCAGUGGUUGUGUAAAGCAUCAGGUGACCCCGCCCCAACUGUGGAGUGGAAAACAGCCGCAGGUGUUGUGGUAGCAAAGACUGAACCCCAUACGAGGAGUGACCCUAGUGUGAGUGUUAGCCUACCCAAGUCUUCCGAAGAACCUGGAACGCUAACUUGUACGGCUCGUAGCUCAUACGGAUCUUCAACGGCCAGCGUUGUCAUAACAGACAACAAGAUGGCUUCCAGAGCGCCUUUGAUCGCGUUGGUGCUCUUUAGCUUCGCGGAGUUAUCGUCUGCUCAAUGCUUUACCGGAUGUGCGUGUGAUGAGGGAAAGGGAGAUGUAAUAUGCGGAACGGGCCUGACUGCAUUCCCGCGAGAUUCUGGAAUGAUUGCUGAGCCGACAAACCUGCAAAUCACCUGCAAAGAUGGGUUCCAGAUUCCUCAUUUGACCAAAACAGAUUUCGACAAUUACAAGCACCUGACCCGUUUGUACAUCCAGGAAUGUGGCUUGCUCGACAUCGCCGAUGAUGUGUUUGAGCUUUUGACGGAAGUAACAUAUCUCAGCCUUUCGUACAAUAAACUAUCAUCCAUACACCAGCACACAUUUUCUCAACUAACAAACCUGGUAACGUUAAUGCUUUUUAAAAAUGAAAUCACCGAGAUUCCGGACAAUGCAUUCAUACAUUUACAAAACCUAAGGACUGUUAGUCUAACCAACAACAAGCUUAAACGUAUCGGGAAACAUGCCUUUAAAGACUUGCCUGAUCUUCGAAAUCUUUGGAUCCAGGACAAUCCUGAACUAGCUGAGGUUGAUGAUCUCGCUUUUGCCGACUCCUCGAUAACGUUUCUGACAAUAGGGGCAACAGAUUUAACGGAGGAUUUCAUAAAUCCGCUCAAACAUUUGACGAAAUUGAGUAACCUUCGCUGGACGCAUAACAAACGACCCAUUACUUUACCAGCUGACAGCUUUGAAACUUUCGGCAAUCUUGUAUCGCUAGACUUGCGAAGCAAUCAAAUGACGAGUCAUCGUUUCCUGGAAAAGACAAGUGCUCAAAUGAUACGACUGGAUGGGAAUCUGUACACGACACUUGACUUUUUACCAUAUACCUUACCAAACAUAACGUACCUAACCAUGGAAAGGAACAAAAUUACAAAGCUCGACACCUCCCAGAUUGCCCAUUUGAAAUCUUUGCGCUCCAUUGAUCUCGAUGAUAACUUAAUAGAUGAGAUAACUGGUACACUAUCUCCUCUUCAUAGCCUCGAACGAUUCUCCGCAGCCAGAAAUAAAAUCCAACAUUUACCAGAAGGAUUUUUUAAAGAAAACACACAGCUCCAAAGAAUAGAAUUAGAAGAGAACGUCAUCGAUAACUUAAAUGGAGCUAUGUUUCCCACUGAAAAUUCUCUGUACAUAUUUGAAUUUCAUAGCAACAACAUCGAAACCAUUCCGAGUGAUAUGGACGCCAUAUUAAGGAAGAACAUGAUAGAUAGGACGGAUGCGUACUUCAUGAUAUACGACAAUCCUCUCCAUUGCAACUGCGAGCUUGGUUGGUUACGACAGUUGCUGAACGAAAAGCCGGGACUAUUAGACAACCCCCGGUUCCCUAAAAACAUCGACACAGUCUGUGCCUCUUCAUCAAAACCAAUACAAGACAUGGAGACGUCAGAAAUGGUUUGUGCUACCCCUAGUAUAACUCACAUAACGCAUCCAGUAGGCAAUGCACAUUGGAAAUGCACCGCCAUCGGUGAUCCUGCCCCUGCUGUCAAAUGGUUAAACCCAGAUGGUGACGUCAUUGCGUUCAUGAAUCCGACAAGUCGAGGAGAUGAAUCCGUUUCGAUUGAUCUCCCUCAGGAGCAUGCCCCAAAAGGUACCUUUACGUGUGUUGCUAAGAGCGACGUCGGUGAAGCUCAGGCACAUGUGUUUUUAGUUGGACAAGAGGAAGAUUAUUGCGCGACCGGAUGUGUUUGCGACGAAGUAUAUAAGUCAGUGACAUGCGGAGAAGGACUACAAGAAUGGCCGCAAGAACCAGGUCUCGACGAUGUAGCAAGUUUAAUAAUUACAUGCCAAGAUGGUUUUGAGAUCCCUCAUAUCACAAAAUCACACUUUGAUAACUACCCAUCUUUGACAAGAUUAAGUUUGAACAAUUGCGGGACACAGGACGUAUCAGAUGACGUAUUUGACAGUCUUACCGAUGUUACUUUCCUUGGACUUCCUGGAAAUAAGAUAACAUAUAUUCACCAGAAUACCUUCAGUAAGCUAUUUCAUCUUAAAACACUCCUUCUGCAGGGAAACCUCAUUGAGGAAAUACCGGAGAAUGCAUUUAUUCAUCUGCACAAUCUAACGACAAUGCGCAUGUCUGACAACAAAUUGAAACGUAUCGGAAAGAACGCUUUCGCUGAUUUAACUCACAUGAGAAACUUAUGGAUCGAAAACAACCCUGAGUUAACUGACGUCGAUAAAGAUGCGUUCGCAGAUUCGCAUAUUAACUAUCUGGCGAUAACUGGCGAUCUAGACGAAAGCUUUGUAGAAUCGUUAGCCCCUCUCAAGGAUAUGAAGACUCUAAUUUGGACCGAUAACGCCAGGUCGCUCGAUUUACCCGUGGACAGCUUCACUGGAUUUGAAUUUCUCUCUCUUGACCUGAGCAAUAGUCCCCUUGAUAAUUUAGACUUUUUAGAAAAUGUUAGAUCCGCAAACCUUAAAUUGGACAAUUGCGGGAUCCGCAAUAGUGAUUUUACGAGAUUCGACCUACCAACGACAUCAAUAUUAUCCGUACAGAAGAAUAAGAUUACGUUCUUAGAUCUGGAUCAACUGGCCCAUAUCUCCACGUUGAGGUAUUUGCUGUUAAGUGAAAACGACAUCACUGAAAUUAAAGACACGCUCGAGUCUUUUCCCGAUCUUGUACAAUUCUCUAUGGCUAAAAACAAACUGAAAAAGAUUCCUCAAAACUUAUUCAAAAAUAAUCCUAAAAUUGUCAAACUUGAGUUUGAAUAUAAUGAGAUUGAAGAAAUCAGUGGCUCGAUGUUUCCCGAAGAGUCCACUAUAAGAUAUUUCGAAUUUUUCGGCAACCACAUUCAAACUAUACCAGACGAUAUGGAUGCUGUAUUAAGGCGAACGAUUCUAGACACGUUCGGUUAUUUUCACAUCCAUGAAAAUCCUCUGCACUGUAACUGCGAACUAAAAUGGCUGAAGGAUUUGCUUGAAGAAAAACCAACAAUAUUUGAUUUUGGUACGUCCAUCCAACAUGACGUCAUGUGCACGACCCCCAAGGUAACCAAGUUCAAGCUGUUAGACUCCGCAGAGCUUACCUGUUUGUCUCCCGUUAUUGAAGCGCCAAAUGUACCUGAAAAUAACAAUCAAUGGGUUUGUAAAGCAGCUGGAGACCCCGCUCCAACAGUGGAAUGGAGAACAGCAGAAGAUGUCGUUGUGGCUAGCAACGAGCCACAUAAACGAGGCGACCCAUUUGUGAGCGUUAGUUUGCCCAAAUCAUCCGAAGAAGAUGGGACGUUCACCUGCGUUGCCAGCAGCACGUAUGGUUCUUCCACAGCCAGUGUAACUCUAGAAGAUACGUCUUCCACUUCAAACUCUGCCAAAGCCGUCAUAUCAGUGUUUGCCUUUAUGUUACCAAGUCUCCUGAUGUUCAAUUUUCUUAUUUAAAUAUAAACUGCCAAAUGAAAUAUACAUAUAACUAUGCAUAGGUUUCAGGCCGAAAUAAAGACAGUGGGCGAAAUAUGAAAAUUGACUGCACUGUCACACCGGAAUAGCCUGACAACGGUAAAGUCAGAUAUCGUUGUCAUAAAUGGCAGACACAAGUUAACGUCGCUUCUCAUGGGAUUUUAUCGUCGCUAAUUCUGUGCAUGUAUUAUAAGCUCUUGUGAUUAUGUUUCAAAUGAAAUCCCAAUUUCGAUGAAAUUGGGUCGUGAAUCGCCACAAUAUACAUGUAGCGUCUUCAAUAUCGUCAAUGACAACGGAAUCUGACAUAUGGAAAUGCAGUGGCCGUUGUCCCGUAUCUCAUUUUGAUCGGUCAAAUUAAAUUUAUUUCGAUGGUAGAACAUUAUUAACUGUACAUGUGCACUGAGUAUUAAGACACUUUGAUUGAUUGUUGUUCCAAAGGAAAAUCAAAUUGAAGCGACGGUUAUGUCCGCCAUUUGUGACAUCGGCAUCUGACUCUACCAUUGUCAGGCUUUUCCGGUGUGACUGUCAUCUUUAUUAAAUGAUAUUUCUAUCCUAUGUUCAGUUUAUGGAUUAUGUAACACUCUCUGAUUUACAAUAAUACACAUUAUAUUACUAUAUUAUAUACUAUUUGAAAUUCUAAAUCGGAUCCAAUUCAAAUAUAUUUGUGAUAUGUGUUAGCAAUAGGUUCUCACGUGCUAUUUCAUCAACAACGUUAUGCUUCAAAUGUCGGGCUAUGCCCAUGCCCAUUUCUGAGGACUGAUAAUGAAAGCAUACACAAACUACAUGCUCUAUUUUUGAAUUUAUUGAAUUGCAAUAUGUCAAAAAUAUAGGUUAUUUGGUAAGUUUAAAUCUCCGAUAAUCUUUUUGAAUUGAAGUCACAAAAUUAAAAAAAGGAUUUUAAUUAACCCUAAUGCAAAAGCUCAAAUGCACUCA